UGAAAUUGUUGGCUGUGCUAUUUUGCAGUCCCAAGAUCAUUACGGUCUGGGACUGAGAGGGGCAGCUCUGAUCGGGUUCCUGCUUUUAGUUUCUAAGCUUUCGGUCACAAGCUGGGCAGCCCACUUUUCCAUCAAAUAAUCGACAAAGUUAUGAUGAGCUAAUAAAGUUACAAUAAACUGCACUUACUAAAUUGAAAAAUAUUAUAUUUUUUCCAAAAUACAAUACAAUUCCAAAUUUUUUUAUUUUCUGUUUAAGAGGAGAGAUGGUUUUAUUUUAAAUGUUUUUGUUUUCAUCAUAUAUACUACAGCUAGCACUGCAUGCUAGGUUAUAACGCUUUAAAAAAUGUCCUUUAUCUUAAAUGGAGAAAACCAGGAAAACUUAGACCUCAGCACUUCUCUGCUGCUAUUCUACUUUUCUAUUUUUUCUUGCUGCUAAUUGGAUUAAAAGCUGUUUGUGUUACUAUGGCGUCCGGGGAGGAGAUUACUGUCUGUGAAGAUGAAGUAAGGUCUCGGUACAGCCACUUAGAGAAGAUGACAGAUUUGGUGGCUGUUUGGGAAGUAGCUUUAAGUGAUGGUGUUCAUAAGAUUGAAUUUGAACAUGGGACCACUUCAGGAAAACGUGUUGUCUAUGUUGAUGGAAAGGAAGAAAUAAGAAAAGACUGGAUGUUUAAAUUAGUGGGUAAAGAAACAUUCACUGUUGGAGCUACUAAAACAAAAGCUGCUAUUAACAUAGAUGCAGUCAGUGGCUUUGCAUAUGAAUAUACUUUGGAGAUCAAUGGAAAGAGUCUGAAGAAAUAUAUGGAAAACAGGUUAAAAACAACCAAUACUUGGAUAUUGAACUUGGAUGGUACGGACUAUAGAAUUGUUCUAGAAAAGGACACUAUGGAUGUGUGGUGCAAUGGUGAAAAAAUGGAAACAGCGGGUGAAUUUGUCGAAGAUGGGACUGAAACUCACUUCACUGUUGCUGAUCACAGCUGUUGCAUUAAGGCUGUCAGUAGUGGGAAACGAAAGGAGGGAAUUAUUCAUACCCUUAUUGUGAACAACAGAGAAAUCCCAGAGGCUGUGGAGUAGCCUCUAGUUAACUGAUUAUUGUAGGACUAAGAUCAGGAAUUUUCAAUUACUGUGGUAAUUAUUUUAAUAUGUACUACUUGGUACAUCUAGUUUGUGCUGGGUUUAUUUUCUAGUUUCUGUAUAUGAAAUUAUUCUUUUUGAGGACCAGAUGAAAAUAAUUAUAUGCAACAUUAGCAGUUUUUAAAAAACUAUAUAUAUAGAAUGUAUAUUAUAUCACUAAGUGUGGAGAACACUGGUGAACUUAAGUAGAAAUUAUACACUAGGAAAAAUCUCGCUAUAAUAAAAUGGAAGAUAAAUAUUCAGUUACACCGAAUCCUUAUAAACUUCAGGUGUAUGUGGAGGGAGGAGAAAGCAUGUGCUGGGCAUUGGAAUAAACUGUUAAAGCUUUCUCAAUAAUUAUUUUUUUUCUAUUAAACUGACUACAAACCUUUUCAGGUGCAGUUAAGAGUUACAGAGUUAAUAAAAAGGUUAUUAAUGAAACACAUUGUUACCAAUACUUGUGUAACAGUAUUAAAGUAACACUGAGUUACGAAAACUGUUUUUUUUUUUAUUCCAAGUAGGAGAAAGAUGUUACAUUGUGCCAAAAAAUCCUUUAGGUUUUCUGAAAACUUAGAAAUUGUUAGAAAUUGUUGCAGUAGUUCAGAAACUCUGUACUGAGUUUUUUCAAAAAAGAAAGAAGAAUUCCUGCCAUGAAAUUGCUUUAAAAAAUGAAAUCUCUUGAACCAAACUGAAAUAAGAGCUUAUCCUUGUUCAGCGCUGUCUAACCUUAAAUCUACAGCUCUGUGUUUUCAUGGCAGUAAUGUGUGAAUUGAGAAACAUGAGGAAAAAGGGAACAGAAGUAGAAAAGAAUUUAUUGAUUAAAUGAAAUAGUUAAAAUAGGAAUAGACUCUUAAGAGCAACCUUGGGAUUUCCUGAGAACAAAAUUCAUGUCUGUUAGAGGCUCACACACUAUGAAAAUACCUUUUCAAAAAUAGGUAUAACUAAU